AUGCUGGGUAAUAUCAAAAACAAGUUGCCUGCGAAUGCUUUUCAGCUCCGGGAAGAUCAGCUUCAGGCAGAACAGGCCAAUGGGAGAAAAGACCCAUCAGCACUUGAAGAUGAACAUCUCCUCUCUGCUGAGCGUUUUGCAUUUGAAUUGGCCGACCAAACAAUUCUAAGCAGGGCCGCGCUCAUGGCAGAAGCCUUUGAGGCCGUGGACGUGAACGACGAAGGCUUUAUUAGAUGGGAGUCAAUCACCAGCUACUUGGAGAGGAGCCUCGCCUCAGGCAGGUUCUGA